UGUUUGUGUGCUGUGUGCACCUGUGUGUGUGUACCUGUGUGUGUGCACCUGUGUCAGAAACUACACCCGGGCGGAGACACCGAACCACCGUUUACCGAAGCAGCGAGAAAGAAACUUGGCCGCCGGUGGUGUAUUAUCGUGUGUAGAUACCUUGGAAGUAACUUUUGGAGCCAGACGGGGAGCGGCUCGGGUGGAGGCCGGUGUGAAGCGCCCUGUUGCUGCGAGCAGUUAGAGAGAGAGAGAGAGGGGGAGCAGCGGGUCACACACAGCACAGCACAGCACGGAGUGGAGUGGAGUGGUGUAGUGCAGUGCUGCUGAUCGCUGGCGGUGUCUCGGAGUCUGUCUGGUUGUCUAACAAGUGUCUGUGCCCCCGGGCCCGGGGCCCGGCCCGGGACAGUCGGGUCUGACUCACUUCCCCCGGGGUCGGGCUGUCCUUCUUCAAUGCGAUCUGCCCCCCUCCCCGCACUGGCUAUGGGGAACCAGGUGGAGAGACUCACGCGUCUGAGCUACGAGGAAGUGCCGACGGCCGAGCCCGCGGGGACGGACAAGGACGACGAGCCGCGGAUCGGCGUCUCCUACAUCUUCUCGGUGGACGACGAGGAGCUGGAGGAGGCGGUGGUGGCCGUGAGCGGCGGCGACAAGCGGGCGGCGGGUGGGGGGGGGCAGGAGGAGAGCCCCGACCCCGGGAACGAGGUGGAGUGCUCGGUCUACUACAGGGACCAGUGCGUGUACGAGAGGAGCUCGAGGGGCGGCGGAGGGGUGGACGGGGGAGGAGGAGGGGGCGGCGGCGGCGGCACCUGCUCCCCGGAGACCCUGCUCAGCAAGUGCAAGGCUGGGGACCUGGUGGAGUUUGUGGGCAGGAACCAGUACCCGCACUGGGCGGUGUACGUGGGCGACUUCCAAGUGGUGCAUCUGUACAAAGCUGAGAUCAGGAACGACUUCAUGACCGACGCCGGUCGGGGCCGGAGGGGUCGGAUCGUGAGCGACCUGUACCGGUACAAACCCCUCCCCGCGGAGACGGUGGUGCAAAACGCCACGGAGCAGGUGGGGGUGAGGGAGGAGGGGCUGAGCUGGAGGAACUCGGAGUGCUUCGCCGCCUGGUGCAGGUGCGGCCGGAGGGAGUUCAAGAUCGGCGGGGAGAUCAGGAUCGGGAAGCAGCCCUACAGGCUGAAGGUCCACCUGCCCGACAGGACCAGCCACACGCUGGAGUUUCAGAGCCUGGAGGACCUGAUCAUGGAAAAGAGGAGGAACGAUCUGAUAGGGAAAAUGGCUGUGAUGCAGGAGCUGGCGGCUCAUCUGCAGGUGGAGCAGGAGAGGACUGAUCGCAAUUCAGAUUGAUGGGGAAUUAAUUGCCAUCCUCUCCCCCCCCCCCCCACACACACACCCCCCCACACAC